AUGUCGGCUGUCUCGCCUCAGUUUGUCCAGAGCGACUCGAACGAUAGAAAUCUCGACCCCGAACUCUCAAACCCCUUUCUUACUGAAAAUGACCCUGAAGAGGCGGAGUUCCAAAAAUUUACAAUAAGAUUGACGCCUGUCGACGACCGAGGGAGCGCAUGGACUGGAUCUACGUCCUCGCAGGAUCACUCCAUCAAUAACACGUCCACAACAGGCAAUCAUGAGGGCUACGGUACCACCUACUCUGAAUUCCUCAGCCCAGUGGACGAGUGGGCCAGUGAUAUAAGCGGCCAUACAUCACCUGCAGAUCUCAUGAUUCCAGGCGUUUGGCCAGUCAUUGCUACAUCACCUCAGAACGUAACGGCGAGCUCACCAACUCAAUCUGGUCCCAGUCCGUCGUCUCCGCCCGCGAGCAUAAACCCUUCCCAGCUCCUUACGCCAGUUCUUACCAAUCAUCCAAGCCCAGCGUCGGAUACGAGGAGCGUUGGGAGCCCUCGGAUUCCGCGGGCUCAGCAGCCUCCCGUACCUCGUUUGAAAACAACGCUCUUAGAUGACAAUCUCGGCCCUGGUCCAGUUUCCGAGUCGGUCACAACGAUCAGCCCAAUUGUCAAAGUGGAGAGCUAUUCACGAGGCGAUUCGCCCGUCAGGGACAGCUUCUCAACAAACCGCCGCCCAAGUCAAUCCUCCAUACAUUUGUCCCCGGGGGGCGCGUCCAACGCUUCGGGUGAAGAUGCUACCAUAGAGGAUGAUCGUCAUUCCGUUUCAAGGUCAGCCGAUGGGGCAUGGGUCCCAAAUGUGCUGACUGGCCAAGCCGGCCUCGCACCGGAUGCGCGAGAGGAUGUAUAUGUUCCCAGCCCCAAUGAACUCGACUCACAGCGAAAACUAGCGGAAAGGAAUGCCGAUAUCUAUACAUGGUCAGAGGCCGUUAGUGAGGCCCACAGUGAAGCUGGUGAUGAUUAUCUGUGUUUCCAGAGAGGGCGAACAGAUUACCAUGGCACUAGGCGGAGGGCGAAAAGUACCGGUGAUCCUUCACUCGAUUAUUUCAGUCUAAAGUUCACCCCUGACCGAUCUGAGAUCCGUGGGCCGGGUCUUGUGCUCCAUGAGACAAGCGAUUAUAGCGACGAUGAAACAGAGUCAUCUGCUCCUGUUAGUGUAAAGGAAGAGAGAUUGGUCCAGGAAGCAUUUGAAAUGACGCCCCCUGAACCUCAGUCUGCAGAAACGGGUGAGCCGCAAGCUCAUCAGUUUCUCGGGUCUCCUCCGUGGCGUGACAUUGAGCUCGACCGGUCUCCCCAAACAACACGGAUGCAGCCGGUCAGCUCCACUCAAGCUAUGGUUGAAUACCAAAGACGUGCUAGAGAGACUGACGCUAUAUCCCGCGUUGCAACGUGGGGCACGCGCGAUCUUGAUGCCAACAGUAUCAGAUCCUUCCAGAUGAUGAGCCUCAACGAAAAUGGGAAAGAAAAGAAGCACGAGAGACGUAACAGUUUUCUCAAGUAUCUUCCCCAAAAAAAAGGCAAUCUCCUGAAACGUCAACGCCAAAAGACUGAUCUUUCUACCAUGCAGCCUGUCCACGAAGGCGAAGCCCAGGACACGGAGAGCAAGGCUGCUCCCCAGAGGAAAGACAGCUUCCCGCACCGAUUAAGUCUCCCCUUUACUCCAAAAACUACCAACUAUAGUAUUAGUGGUGCGGUUAUGGCAACAACGAGGCAGAUGGCUGCCAUUGGCGGCAAAGAUUCGCUAAGUGUUGUAUCUCCAAGCACAACAACAACAACAACAACCAAACCUUGGAAUACUCUCAAGGUUCGGGGACGGAGCAGAAGUGAAGUACCCAGAGCACCAGGUUUGUUUGAACUCAUGACAACCCAUGGCGGACCGCCAGUUCCCAAUAUCAGCUACACAAGUGAGCCCGUGGAAAAUAAAGAGGCCAAGCAUGCGCGGCCACAACAUGAUGCUGCCGAGGAAGAUGAUGACGAUGAUAGCGAAGAAAAGCUUAUUAUGGAAUUUCCAAUUCCGAAGGAACUACCGAUACCGACACUGGAAGGAUUCAAGACACAGAUUCUCCGGCUCAACCCCCGUAUCGAACCGGCUUUGAUUGAUCGAUUUGCACACGAGCAGGUCCGACGAUACAAGAGGUUGAUCGAGAUCAAGCAAACACACGCACGCGAUGUCAACCACAGGAAGUGCAAGGCUGGUAAAUUCUGCUUCGCCCUGGGCGGUACAGCGAAACUUUUACCACCACGCUUAUCAGCUCAGGAUGGAGAUUCGCACACCCAGUUCCAGAUUCCUAGGCCGGGAGAGGAGGAAGAGAGCUCCGAAGAUCUUGGGGAAACCACCAUGUUAGCCCAUUUCCCGCAAGGCGUUCCGCAUCCACCACCACAGGUCAAGCUACUGCCGGCUGAAUUUGAAUGUAUGGUUUGCUACCAUGUCAAGAAAUUCCAGAAACCGUCGGACUGGACGAAGCAUAUCUAUGAAGAUGUGCAACCAUUCACUUGCACGUUUCCCGACUGCACCGAUCCCAAGUCCUUCAAACGAAAAGCUGACUGGGUUCGGCAUGAGAGCGAACGGCACCGGCAGCUCGAAUGGUGGGAAUGCUCGCUCGCUGAUUGUCGCCACAAGUGUUAUCGCAAAGACAACUUCGUGCAGCACCUCGUUCGAGAACACAAGAUGCCAGAACCAAAAGUCAAAAAACCAAGAAACAGGGAGUUGUCAGACGGGGCGUCGAACGACCCAACUUCCCUUGAGGUGCAGGAGGAGAUCAACCGUGAGCGAGAGAUCAAUGGCCUGUGGAAGCUUGUGGAGAGCUGUCAUUUCGAGACUGCGAGAAAUCCCCGCGAGGAGCCUUGCCGGUUUUGCGGCAAUGUUUGCACCAAUUGGAAAAAGCUCACGGUACAUCUGGCAAAACACAUGGAGCAAUUGGCUAUACCAAUCCUGGGUCUCGUGAAAGAAAGAGAUUUCCCGUACACCGUCAAUAUCGGCUCGAGUGGCAACCCAGAUAAUUUCUCUGGUCAAGUGCCGAUCGCCCAGAAAGACAGCGAUUUUGAUCCAAGAUUAGACACUGGAGUUACCGAGGGGCCUGGAACUGCGGACAAUUUCACGCAGGCACCGUAUUCGAAUAGCCAUCCAGGGUCUUCCGAACCGAUUAUGUUACCGUUCAAUACGGGCGCAUCGUACCUCCCUAACGCCUCUAUGCCUUUGGAUAGUACAGCACCCAACCCGGCAGCUCGUUUCGAAGGAGUCACGCCGUACACAGCACAUGGCGGAGGCGUGGCUGGACUCGCUGGGGACCAGACACGGUUAAUGGCCAUGCACCAGCAUCAGAAUUCAGUCACCUACCCUCCAUUCAACGCCAGGCCGCGACUAACUGUCCCCAAUCAAGACAUGAGGGUGCUGCCGGAAUAUAACAGUUUCUCCAUGUCCCCCACGGAGAUGCAGUACGAUCCACAAACCACGGCGUACGUGUCCAGCGGAGCGGAGAACCACUAUCCUUACCAAGGACCAAUAGCUUCGGCUAUGCCUUACGAUUCAGGGUACCAAGGCCAAUGA